AUGCAGGCUGAACAAGACGACCACAAGUCGGACAUAGAGCUCUCCAAUGGCCCGGGUGGCUUCCAUCCCCUCUUCUCCUCCCCGGACGGCGAUGUCGUCCUAGGCUCCAAAGAGCGCGUGCUCUUCCGCGUACACUCCUACACCCUCAAGACGACUUCGGGAUGGUUCCGCGCGAUGUACUCGCUCCCGCAGAAGAGCGCCUCCGCGUCCGGCGAAGUGUCCCCGGCGGACACGAUCUACGUCGACGAGGACGCCCCGACGCUCGAGGGGCUCCUGCGCAUGGUCUGCGGGCUCCCCAUCCCGCGGCUCGACUCGUACGACGUCAUCGAGCCCAUCUUGCACGCCGCGGAAAAGUACGACAUGUCCGGGCCGAUGUCCAUCGUGCGCGCGCUCGUCGUCACCCCGCCGCUCCUCUCCGACCCGCUGCGCCUCUACGCGAUCGCGUGCCGCUACGGCUGGCAGGACGAGGCACUCAUGGCCUCGCGCUACACGCUCACGCUUGAGCUGCACGCGCCCGAGCACCGCGGCACGCUGCAGAAGCUCGGGACCGACGCGCUCCUCUCGCUCUUCCAGCUCCACCGCACGCGGCGCGAGACUCUCCGGCGACGGCUCGACGACCCGCCCUUUGUGAACGACGGUGGGGACACGUCGUGCUCGAACUGCGGCUCGCUCGUCGACUACCACACCUGGCGCGAGCUCAAGUACGUGAUCAUCAUGGAGAUGGACGCGCGCCCGCUCGGGGACACCGUGUGCAGCCCCGGUCUCCUCGAGUGGCCCGCCGCGCGCGCGUGCUGGAGCGCGAAGUGCAUCAACUGCGACCGCGUGCUGUACGACAAAACCCUCACGAUGCGCGUCAUCCGCGAGUGCAUCGAGCAGCUUCCGACCACGAUCGAGUGA